AUGAACGAUGAAUAUGGUCUUCUCUUCAAUAUUGUUCUCAUUGGUGAUUCAGGUGUCGGCAAAUCCAAUCUGAUCAGCCGUUUCAUCCGAGACGAGGUCAACUUGGACUCCAAAUCAACGAUCGGCCCAAGUUUGCAUCAAGAUCAAUUGAAGUGGGCAAUAAGACGAUCAAAGCUGGGAUACCUCCGGCCAAGAGCGAUGUCGAGCCAUACCUCCCACUUACUACCCCAGGCCUGUAGGAGCUCUUCCUGUCUGCGACAUGACCAAUCUCAGACCUAUGACAACGUCAGGAGAUGGCUGAAAGAGCUCCGGGAUCUUGGCGAUACCAGUAUUGUCAUCGUGCUGUUGGGAACAAGAGUGAUUUACGAAAUUUGCGAGCAGUCUCUACGGAAGAAGCAAAACAAUUCGCAAAACAACCUUUCAUUCGUCGAAACUUCGGCGAUCGAUGCUAGCAACGUUGACCUGGCUUUCCAGAGCAUCCUAACGGAAAUCUAUCGAACCGUCUCCAGCGAAGCAAUGUUGAAUGAGGGCGCAAAAGUCUUCACGGGAAGUGUAUUUCGGUUCCAAGUUGCGGGACAGGCCAAUGGAUUCGUUCUACAUGCGGACCUUCUGUCACGACAUUCCCUCGUCUUGCACACACUGAUGCAUCGUGGAAUGAGAGAAUCGCAAGAGAAUUGCAUGCAUCUCAACAACGUAGACGGCGAUACAUUUACAAGAUUCUCAGAGUUCAUCUAUGGGACUACGAUUGCGUUGCACCCUGCGUCGUGCUUGAUGACCCUGAGGUUGGACACCCUCGUGCGGAUGAUGUCGUUCCGAGAGAGAGCUACGAGAUCCCCAGAAACAAUUGCAGAGCCUGGUGCAUACUCUGGCUGGGCAUCCAAAAGAAAGCAUACUCAAGGAGGGAAGAGCCCGAUCUGGAAGCAACCUCCACCACUCACUCCCCUUUCCACAAACACCAGACUCUUGUUUCCCAAGAUAUUGGACACCAAAGUCAGAAAUGAUACGUUGAUGUACGACUAUACUGAGGCGUUUUGUCAUGUUGGACUCUAUGCCUUUGCUGAGCAAUACCGGGUCAAUGACCUGAAGAACUUGAUUUUGCAUAAGUUACGCAAGGCUUUAAUGCAUACUACUAGUACCUUUCAUCCUCUGCGGGACAGAGAAUUGGUCCAGCUAUUGGAGCUGACUUAUCAUAGUACGCCCGAACUGUCGGCCAGCGAAGAUCUGCUGCGGGCAUUAUUGACUCGUUAUGUGGCAUGGAACUUCGAGGCGUUAGCUCCGCUGAAAAUUUUCCAAUUCUUUCUUGACCAGGAUGACAAUGGUCAGUGA